CGGACGACAAUUCUAGUAAUCACAACGCCCGCCGCCGCGUUGGUCAUCCGAGCACUGGCGUGCCAGCUCCGUCGCUGACGCCAUGAACAAAUACUUGGAAGAGCGAUGCAUCGGACGUGGUAGCUAUGGAUGUGCGUACCUUGUGACGGAAAUCACGUCGGGCCACAAGUAUGUCGUCAAGAAGAUUCCCAUUGAGCUCAUGACAGACAAGGAAUCCAAGCAAGCGUUUGCAGAGGUCGAGCUCUUGUCCAAGUUACGCCAUUCGUUCGUCGUACAGUACAAGGAGAACUUUGUUGAAGGGACGGUGUUGCACAUUGUGAUGGAAUACUGCGACGGCGGCGACUUGACGGCCCGCAUCAAGGCAUUGAAGGCCGACGACGGGGCGUUGUUUCCGCCGACUCUUGUCCUGGAUUGGUUUGUGCAGAUGGCACUGGCCAUCAAGUACCUCCAUCAGCGCCACAUCCUCCACCGCGACUUGAAAACGAGCAAUAUCUUCUUGACCCGUCAGAACAUUGUCAAGCUCGGCGACUUUGGCAUCGCGCGGACGUUGGACUCGACCAUGGACCACGCCAAGACGGUGGUCGGGACGCCCUACUACAUGAGCCCCGAAGUAUGCGAGAGCAAGCCGUACUCGUACGCGUCCGACAUUUGGGCUCUCGGGUGUGUCUUGUAUGAAGUGUGCACCCUAAAGCACGCGUUCGACGCCCCCAACAUCCUCAUGCUGAUUGUCAAGAUCAUCCAGCACGACUUUCCGCCUCUACCCCCAUGCUACCCCGUGGAAUUCACAUCGCUGCUGCAAGCCCUGCUUCAAAAAGACCCUGCCAAACGACCCUCCAUCGACGCCAUCCUCCACAUGCCGAUGAUUCAAGCCCACGUCCAAGCCAUCCAAUCGAAUGCGAGAGAUGUGCCCGACCCCCUCGCCAGUCAUUUGAUGGACGAGAACGUCGUUGAGAGUGCAAAUACUCCCCAUUCUAUGUGUCCUUCAAGUGGGAACGUUCCUAUCGAGACAACAACGUACGAGUACUUGUCGAGUGUGGACGACGAGGAAUUUUCCUUGCUUGGUGCGACGCCUACUUUGGUGGUCCACGGCAGCCCCCCUCAAUGUUUAGCUGUGGAGGGGAAUUUUCCUCGUCGAAACCCCGAGCGAGGACUGGCGUGGGUGGUCACCACCACUACGACGGACGAAGUGGAAGAAGCCAUCGACACUAGACACAGCGGCGGCGACGAAGUGAUUAAACCCAACUACGAGAGCGCGUACUCGGAAGAGUGCAGUGACAGCAUCCACAUCGACUACGGCCACAAAGGGACCCGACGCCGACAAGCCCUGACCUUGGACCACCGCCAGCCCCCCCCAUCAUCGACACACGCGCUGCCACGUCAUCGAGUGGAGCCAAAGAAACACCACGUACUCCGUCCGCAUGUAGUCGGCAAGGCCCUCCAACCAUCCGACCAACAACUACCCCCCCGACACCCCGACUCGCCUCGUCUCAAACAUGCGGGAGUCAAAUUAGCUAGUUCAAUUACCAAGCGCAACACGUCGUCCAUGUCGCCGUCGUCGUCGAUGUCGCUGGACGAAGACAACAUGCUAGAGGCUCGAACGAGUCAGGGAAUAAUCGAGUCUGGCGACGACGAUGGACCGUACACGUCCAUGAGCGAAUGCGACGCUGAAGAGAACUUUUACAGUGACGACUCGGAUUUUGACGACGAGGACCUGACGCUCGAGACAUCGGUGGACGAGGUUGUUGCAUGUGGUGGCGGCGGCGGGUGGUUGUCCAGUGCGCGGCAGGUUUCGGCCGCGGUCGAGCUCGGGUACAGCGACGAUUUUGACGACACGGAAGCCGAAGUGAUCGAGUACGACAACGAAGAGUUUGUCGAUGAUGGCUCGAGUGGGGGUAGUAGCGACGAAGAACAAGGCGGCGGGGACAAGGUGGACUGGUACAACUACGACGAGUUUGCAGACCCCAGUCCGCCGCCGCUAUACAUGGCGACUCCGUCAAGACCCAUCGCAUAAAAUCGCUUGUUAAUCGUAUUGAGCUUUUAGCCAAAGUGGGAUAUUUGGAGGAGUCAUUGAUAAUAUUCACCAAAGUCAGUGAUUGGUGCUGUGGAUUUUGUAACGUCAUGUAAAAAUUGUGAAGAUUGAUUGGCCUG